ACGGGUUACCUAGGCGACGGGCCGGAACGAAUGACUUGGGUCCCAUGGCGCUGUCCCCGGGGCGGCGCCUCCUCUUCUGUCUGCCACAAUGCGGACACAACCACCCUCCGAGAAGGGGUUUUGGGAUCGCCAGCUGGUCCAUCAGCGAAGAUAAAGGAAGCGCAGGAGGUUUAGAAGCCGGGGGCCUUAAGGUCAGCAUUGUGCCCACUCUGCACUACCAGGACAGCUUGCCCCGAUUACCCAUUCCCAGGCUCGAAGACUCUAUCAGAAGAUACCUGAGAGCACAGGAACCUCUGUUAACUUCAGAUCAAUUCAGGAAAACAGAAGAAUUUUCCUACAAAUUUCAACAUGGAGUCGGCAAAGACCUGCAUGACAUGCUGGUUUUCCAGGACCAGCAUAGUCGGCACACUAGCUAUAUCUCAGAUAUAUGGUUGAAUUCUUAUCUAUCCCGUCGCAAACCACCUGCAUUUAACAUGAAUGUAGGCUUAGCCUUCAAAGACGACCCCAAGACUGAGUUUAACGACCAGCUCACACGAGCUACCAACAUGACCAUUUCCAUCAUCCGUUUCAUGAGGGCCUUCAGAAAUGGCUUGCUUGAGCCGGAGGUGCUGCACCUCUACCCAAACAAGACAGAUACGAAGCUCUUCAAGGAGUGCAUCCGCUGGAUUCCCAAGGCCAUCGUGUGCCAGAUCGCUGCCAUGUUUAACGUCUACCCCAUGGACAUGUCGCCCAACUUCAGGCUUUUCAACACCGCCCGUCUGCCCAAGUUUACCCGGGACAUGCUUCACACGGAAGAGCGGGCAAAGCACAUUCUGGUGCUAAAGAAUGGGAACUUCUACGUGUUUGACAUCCUUCACAAAGACGGGACAAUGAUCAGGGCCUCGGAAGUCCAUGCCAAUCUCAAGUAUAUUCUCUCUGACAAGAGCCCCAUCCCCGAAUUCCCCUUGACCUAUCUGACCACUGAAAAGCGCGACACCUGGGCAAAGCUGAGGCAAGACCUCUGGAUCAGUGGCAACCAGGAAGCCUUGAAGAAGGUGGAGUCGGCCAUCUUCUGCCUGUGUCUGGAUGAUCUGUUCAUACAGGACCCCAACCACCUGACUCAGAUCAUGCUGCUUGGCAACGGGUAUAACCGCUGGUUUGACAAGUCUUUCAGCCUAAUCCUUACCAAAGAUGGCUCCGCUGCCAUCAACUUUGAGCCUUCCUGGGCUGACUUGCUGACCAUUCUUCGCUUCAUGAAAGACGUGCUCCAAGACAGCAUCCAGGCACCUGCCAUCCUGCCCCAGGAGGACCCCGUGGCCUCUGAUGCCUCCAGUGCCGUGAGGAAGCUCAGCUUCAAUCUGAACGACUCCCUGAGGGCAGGCAUCCAGAGUGCCAGAGUCAGCUAUGACUUGUCAAUGCAGACAUUCUCCAGCCAGCUGGUCCAUUUUGAGAAGGGGGGCAGCCUCUUCAUAAAGCAGCAGGGCAUAAGCCCGGAUGCCAUGGUCCAACUCGCCUUCCAGAUGGCGUUCCUCUCUUUGUAUGGCCACGUGGUGUCCUCCCAUGAGCCAUGCAGCACUGCUGCCUUCAAGCAUGGCCGGUCAGAGGUUGUCCACCCCACCUCCAUUCAUUCCAUGCAGUGCUCCAAGGCUUUCAUCCAGCAACCCUUGAAGUAUGGUACAAAUGAUCUGCAGAACAUGCUUUUUAAGUGCUCUGUCUACCAUAAACAGCUGGUCCAAGAGGCGGCAAGUGGUCAGGGAUUUGACAGACACUUGCUCGCUCUUCGGAUCUUGGCAGACACCAAAAAGGGUUAUUUGCCCGAAAUCUUCUUCGACUCUGCCUAUUCUCAGAUCAAUCACUGCUUCCUCUUCUCAAGACCUCUGAGUAACCCAGCACUGAAUUUUGGGGCUUGUAUGCCCAUAGUGUCAGAUGGCUUUGGGAUCAUUUAUUCCGUGCAAGAAAACGGCAUCAUCUUCAAUAUCACCUCUGUUUCUAGUCGCAGUGUCUGGGACUUCAUGCAGAGCCUAGAAAACAGCUUGGAAAAGAUUAUGAUUGCUUUAAAAGGGAAGCCCAUUACCAAAUAGUGCUUCCUAACCUCCCACAGAAUGAAACACAUGAGUUGAUAAGGAUGAAAUGGGAUGAAAGAGGAAUCGGAGCCUUUCCCCAAGCCCAAAAUAGCCAAAAACCUCAACUGGGAGUUGGCGAAAUCUUGCCUCCAACAGGAAGUCUGAAACCCACUGUCCAUAUAUUCUAGGACUUCACGAUCUUUCAGGAAUAUAUGUUGGAUGGUUUAUGUGAUCAUCUUAGAAAGGUUUCAUAUACCUGUAGUUGUUGCCCUCCCUGUCCUGCUCAACCACGUCUUCUCUAUUUUCCAUCUGUCUAUCUCAGUCAUCUGUUUCUGUCCACUUGUUUACCACCUUUCUAUCAAUAAUCCAUAUUGAACUAUUAAUAUAAUUUAUCAUCUGUCAUUUUUCUAUCAGCUACUCGUUUAUCACCUACCUGUUAAUUUAUUUCUAGAUCUUUAUCUUUAAAUCUACCACUUAUCAUCUGUGUCUAUCCAUCUCUCCAUCUGUGUCUCGUACAUCUAUCAUCCAUUAUUUGUCUAACUAUUGAGAUCUCUCCAUAUUCAUUUGUCUACCUAUAUCUGCUCAUCUUUCCAUCCAUCCCAUUAUCUAUUGCUUCAACUAUCUUUAUAGCUUUCUUUUCAUCUCCAUAAACUAUAUUUCUUUUCAAAUCUAUCUUCUUCCAAUAAAAAUUGAAUUAUCUGGAACGCUUGAGUUCCCCUUCACCAUUUUUUCUUUCACUUCUUGCUCAAAGGCUUUCUAAAACGUCUCAGCUCAUGUCCUGCAGAGCAGAGUUAAUGGAGAGAAUUCCAUCUCACUCUCAUGACCAAGACUUUCCCAGUACUGAUUUGAGGGGGAUCAUUAUGGAAACUGUCCCUUUGAACAGUAGUGCAGUCGAGAGUGUCCAGGAUCGAGCUGGAUGGAAAGAGAGCCUCCGAUUCAUCCUAGGAGUGCCAUCCUUUUGUUUUGUUUUGUUUUGUUUUUUAAAUAAAUCUCUGAUACCAGC